GGUAUCCAGCUAAACCAAUACGGAAUCCGCUGUCGAACGACCAAGAUGUCGAAGCUUCUUGUCAUCGCGGCACUUGUCACCAUCGCAGCUGCCGACCCAAUCCCAUGGGUGUCGAGGUCGAGCCCGAAGAGUCCUCAGGGGAAGAUCGUCGGCGGAACCGAGGUGUCCAUCGAGGAAGUCCCCUACCAAGUGGUCUUCAUGGUAUCGGGCAUGUCCACCUGCGGAGGGAGCAUCAUCUCCCGAGAAUGGGUCGUAACCGCUGCACACUGCAUGGGUUAUCCGAAAUUUAUGUACACGCUCAGAGCCGGGUCGAACCGCGCCAACAACGGAGGCACCAAGCACGCCUUGGCUAAGGUGAUCAUCCACGAGGACUACAAGAUAGACGCUGAUGGCAUCCCCGAGCACGACAUCGCCCUCGUCAAGGUGAAGACCCCCUUCACCUUCGACAGCACUCGCAGGCCGAUUUCGUUGUACAACCUGAACGAGGAGGUGGAAGAUGGGGCCAACUCCGUCAUCACCGGGUGGGGAGUGACGUCCAUAGACGGCCAGGGCAGCGACAUCCUGCACACGGUGAACGUGCCGAUAAUCUCGAAACAGGACUGCAAGGAGGCCUAUUCGAGCCAAAGAGGUCUUCCCGAGGGCCAGAUCUGCGCAGCUUAUCCCGAUGGAGGCCAGGACGCCUGCCAGGGCGACUCCGGCGGUCCUCUAGUCGUCGCCAAACGACUGGCUGGGGUGGUGUCCUGGGGGAAUGGAUGCGCCAUUCCUGGAUACCCUGGAGUCUACUCGGAGGUCGCCUACUACAGGUCCUGGAUCGCCAGGAACUCCGGAAUCUAAACGACCGAGCUCGAAUCUCCUCGUCCCAUCCUUAGGCUCUCUUCUAUUUGUUUUUUUACGCUUGUGUCGUCCCUUUGUAAAUAAAAUUGUUUUUUAUUAUUAAGUGAA